AUGUUUGCAACUCUUGAAAAAUUGUCUAUGUUCAGCAGCCGGCGUAAACUUCCGGCACAUAUCGCUACCCUGCUCUUCAUUCUCGGCGCGAUGGGCGUAACAGUCGCCCGCAUAUUCAUAAAAUCUGGACCCACGACACGCAACGAUACAAUGGCCUUGGCUAUGGGCGCCAAAUCCAUAAUUAUCCUCGCGUAUCAGCUCCUGACUGAGCACACCUCACGUUUCCACAAAUGGGCCUCGCCGAAGGCGAAUACGAUUCUGAAUGGACUGGAGAUUUUGUUCUGGUCGGCGGUGUGUUUCCUGGGAAUGCAAAGCAUGAUGCGGAAGGGCGCUUGCUCGGGCAAUAGCACUGCAUGCGCGAUGGGCUGGGUUGUUGUUGGAUUGGCUGUUAUGGUGACGUAA